AUGUACAUUGUGAAAAGAGGGCAGCUGAAUUACGUGAGUGAUGACGGCAGUACGGUUUUGAAGGUCUUGAAAGAGGGCAAUGUUUUUGGGCAACUUUCUAUACUGAAUCUGUCGGGUGAUCGAAGUCUUAAUAAACACACGGUUGCGGUGCGAUCUCGAGGAUAUACGGACGUUUAUGUGUUAAGGCAAGAGGAUGUUUGCGAGGUACUGCAAGAGUAUCCUGAAGCGCGACAGGUACUCUUCAAAAAAGCAAAAGAAAUGUUGAUUGCUGACGAUAUGUGGGAGGAGAGUUUGGCAGAUGAGGAUGAUGAUAAAUGGGCCAUGUUAACUUUGGAAGAGCAACUGAUGGGACUUGACGGCAACAUCUCUAAGGUGGACCAACAAAUUGCACAGCUCUAUCAAUCGUUCAGUGUUAGUUCAGUACCUUUAAUCUAA